UGAAAAAAAGUUGAUUCAUCGUGUUAUAAAUAGCUCCUGAGCUGCCAUUGGUGGAUUCACGUGGAGCUAACAGGCUGCUGCAGUGGAAACACUGGCUGCAAUGGGGCCGAGAAAAAGGUCACAGCGAAGUCUACAUGGACUUGAAGAUUUGGUGGUUAAACAUGCACGGAUUGAGGAGUCUGGCUGGACCGGUGUGAAUGAGCGCACCUUCAUUGCCGUGAAACCAGAUGGCGUGCAGCGGAAACUGGUGGGAGAAAUCAUCCGUCGCUUUGAGAAGAAAGGGUUCAAACUGGUGGGCCUCAAACUUGUGCAGGCAUCUGAGGAUCUUCUGAGGGAACACUACUGGGACCUGAGGAGUAAGCCGUUCUUCAGGGAACUGAUGAGCUACAUGAGCUCUGGACCAGUCGUAGCAAUGGUGUGGGAGGGUUUGGAAGUGGUCAAGACUGCACGUAAGAUGUUGGGAGAGACCAACCCCGCAGACUCGCUGCCGGGAACCAUCCGAGGAGAUUACUGUGUGGAAGUGGGCAGGAACGUGAUCCACGGCAGCGACUCUGUGGCGAGCGCCCAGAAGGAAAUCUCUCUGUGGUUUCGACAGAGCGAGCUUCACUGCUGGGAGGACAGCAGCAGCCGCUGGAUCUACUGACGGUCUGCGUGUGCUGCGUGUACUCCGUCCUGUGUGUGUUUUUUUUUAUGUGUGGAUCACAUCAUACCUAAGAUGAAUAUUUUUUGGCUUUAUUAGCUUGUAGACUCGUGGUACAGAAAGAGGUGUCAUUGCAAUUUUUAAAAUUUUUAUUUUAUAAAAUGUAUUUUGUUACGCAUCUGUAUUACAUCUCCGAAUUGACUUUAAGAAGCAACCAUGCACUUGGUGAGCAAUAACUUGAUCAGUAACUUGAGCGUCUGUUUCUGUUACAGUUUUCAUUGUAGUAUUUGUUUAGUCCACAACACUAAAUCAUGUUUACAGCCUUUAAGCAAUAAGCCUGGAAUUUAAAGCAAUAAACUGACAGGUAAAGAGAUGCAUUUAAAUCCACCCAAAAGAUCAUUUAUAUUGAGGGUCCAGGAAACUUUAUCUACCUUACAAAUACACAUGCAUGUGUGUAUGAGAGUUUGCAGAAGUGUGCACGUGCUGUGUAUUCGAAGUUUGAAGUUUGUUAUGCACAUUUUUUUUUGUUGUCACAAGUUGAACUAUUUUCAAUUUUUGGUGAAAAGCCAAAAUAUACACAUUUCAAAUCUUGGAGGGUCUGUAUCAUAGUAAUGACAAUGCAGUGAAAACCCAACUUGAGAGCAAUUAAAGGAAUACUUCACCAGUAAAAUGAUCAUCUGUAUAUCAGUUACUCACCCUGUGUAACUUUGAAUUCGUGAUGAAAACUUUCUCUCCCGCGCCUCCACUGUGAACAGAGAAUCCAAAUUACAACCUCUCACACAACUCGUGCAGCAAAUCCAUUUAUCCAGUCGUAUGCUCAGUACUUCCCAAACACACUAAAAUUUUUUCUCUUUUUCGCUAAAAUCUUACUGUCUCGUGCACGGCUGAGUAGUGUGCCUGGGCCGUGCACAUGAACUCCUCUCAAGUGGAGCUCAUAUGAACAAGUUUGCUCAGGCACGCUACUUGAAGGCUGAAAUGUUUUACAUUGAACGUUUUAGUAAAACGUGUGUGUUUGGGAAGCGCUGAGCAUACGACUGGAUAAAUGAGACUUCGAUCAUAAGGCACGAGUUGUGUGAGAGCUUGUAAACAGAUGUUUUGAUGUAGUUUUGCUGUUAAACGCAGCACCCAAAUGAAAAUUCAUGAGGAAGGGUCGCCUGUUUUCAGUGGAGGAGUGUGGAAAAAAUGUUUUGACAAAUUCAGGUAACAUGAGAAGAGUUAUUGAUAUGUUGAUGCUCAACUUUUUUUUUUUCCAUGUUCAUGGUUUUCCUGUACCUUUCAAUUUAAAUUCUUUAAGGGUGUAAAGCAGAUUGUCACUUGGGACUACUUGAAUGUAAAGGUUGAAAGUUUCAAAAUAAAAUGCUUAACAGCUUUUGAGAUGCAUAUAGUAAUUUUGUAAUUUUAUCAUGUGGGGUGUCAUCUCCAAAUCUGAGAAACUGCACUAUAAAAUAAUCUAGUUACUUUUGUCACGUGUGCUUUUCUAAAACUCCAUGAUGCUGAAUGAGUUGCAUGGGAAAUGUCCAAAACAAUAAAUCUGAUCAGAAAUUGCUUUGUAAAAUCUUCAGUCUGUUUUUGUGUUUUGUUAAGCAAAACGCACACACGUCAGCUGUACGUUUUUCAGCACACAAAUAUGUUUAAUAUAAUCCACACAGAUAGAGAUCGAUGCAUGAAUUUCCAUACUGAACAAAGAGGAUGGGCUUCAGUGUGUCUGGAGAUUUACAAUAAUCCCUGUACACGUAAUGACGACACAUCACUGUUCACCUGCUUUACAACCAACCGUCUGAUCAACAGCCAGUCAGAGGAGAGAAAUUAGUCUCAGACUGAAGCCUCGACACAUUCGACUGCUUUAACAACCGUGUUCACGCGACUCCAGCAUGACUCUUUGACUUACAUCAGACAGCUGCACAACGUAGUUAUCAUUUGUUACCGCACAAAGUCAUUAUUCUCUACUUACACAACGUAGUGUGAUCUGUCUCACAAAUUUCACGUCUGCUUACUUCCUGUCAGCUCUACAGUGACGUUACCUUCCUCCCACC